AAUUUUGAUUCAGAAUUUUCAUUUUCUAGAACUCUGACUUCGAAGAUUUAUUAUGAAGCAAUAAAUCAACACAAUUAAUAAAAGCCAACUGAAAUUUGACAUUGACAAUUCCAAGAAGAGCAAAAUUGAAUUGAAGAAGAUGAUGAAGAGAGCUUAAGAACAUGUUAAUGGUAAAUCUCUCCUUUCGCAUUUCUCUACGGUUUUGCCCAGGAUAAAUUACCUGUGGCUGGUUUUUUUUUUUCAGUUUUAGGUUUAGUUAGUUGCCGUGGAUGGGCCAGUCAGUUUCGUCGGCGAAACUCACGGCUCGUCGGGAUUGUAAUCAUAGUCAACGGUCUUACUCCAAAUCAGCGGUUCUGAUCUCUCCGAUGAAAACCGAGGAAGCUGAAGUGAUUGAUGAAUUAUCCGAUUUCAUAUCGGAUCUACCGGACGAAUGUUUAGCUUGUGUUUUUCAGUCUCUUACUCCGGCUGAUAGGAAACGGUGUUCCCUUGUUUGCCGCCGGUGGUUGAGGAUUGAAGGUCAGAGUCGUCACCGGCUUUCUCUCAACGCUCAAUCAGAUCUACAUCCUUUGAUUCCUUCAAUCUUCUCUCGUUUCGAUGCUGUCACGAAAUUGGCUUUGAAAUGUGAUCGUAGAUCUGUCGGCAUAGGUGACGAAGCACUUGCUUCGAUCUCGGAACGUUGCCGGAAUUUGACUCGUCUUAAGCUCCGAGCUUGCCGUGACUUAACUGAUGCAGGUAUGUUGGCUUUCGCUAAAAACUGUAGAGGUCUAAAGAAGCUUUCGUGUGGAUCUUGUACUUUUGGAGCUAAAGGCAUGAACGCCGUGCUCGACAACUGUCCGGCUCUUGAGGAGCUUUCUGUGAAACGACUUCGUGGCAUCAUCGACGGAUCUGCAGCUGAGCCGAUAGGGCCAGGGCUGGCGGCGGCAUCGUUGAAAACGAUUUGCUUAAAGGAGCUUUAUAACGGACAAUGUUUUGGUCCGCUUAUUAUUGGUGCAAGGAAUCUGAGAUCUUUGAAACUUUUUAGAUGCUCUGGUGAUUGGGAUAAGCUUUCUCUUAUAAUGGAUCAGGUCACGAGUAUUAUAGAGAUACAUAUGGAGAGGAUUCAAGUCAGCGAUGUCGGUCUCGAGGCUAUAUCAAACAGUUUAAACUUAGAAAUUCUUCACCUUGUUAAGACUCCGGUGUGUACAAAUGCCGGACUAGGAGCUGUUGCAGAGAAAUGCAAAUUGUUAAGGAAGCUUCAUAUUGAUGGAUGGAAAGCAAAUCGAAUAGGUGACCAUGGAUUAAUCGCUGUUGCGAAAUCUUGUUCUAAUUUACAAGAAUUAGUUCUUAUUGGUGUUAAUCCGACAAAACUGAGUUUGGAAAUGUUAGCUUCGAAUUGUCAGAAUUUGGAACGGUUAGCUCUAUGUGGUAGUGAUACAGUUGGUGAUGCCGAGAUUUGUUGUAUUGCUUUGAAAUGUAUAGCUUUAAAGAAGCUUUGUAUUAAGAGUUGCCCCAUAUCAGAUCAUGGAAUGGGAGCCCUUGCUAGUGGUUGCCCUAAUUUGGUUAAAGUGAAGGUGAAGAAAUGUAGAGGAGUAACUCCGGAAGGGGCUGAUUGGUUAAGAGCAAAUAGAGGUUCACUCUCGGUUAAUUUGGAUAUGGGGGAACAUUUAGAUGUGACUGCCAAUGAUGGUGUGGUACAAGAUAAUGGAGAUGGAAUUCCUCCUGUUGUGGCUGGUCAAAUUGGAGCUCCAGGCAUUGCUUCAAGCAGCACAGCUCGUUCAACAUCCUUUAAGCUUUCAGGGAUUUUGGGUGGGAGGAGUUUCAUGGCUUGCACUUUGAGGAGGUUGGCAAGUAGUAACGGCAGUUCCCGGAGUUAACUUGGAUGGACGACGUGAAGUUGCAAUGAAAAUAGUGGGAAAAACACUCUGGGUCUUGAGCUGGUUACAUUAUAGUGUAUUGUAGUAUCUGAUUCUGUUUCUGUGUAUUUUUUAAAAAUACGUUGUGCUGUUGAUGGCCUUUAGAAUUCAAUCUUCAUCUAAGUGAUAGGUUCUCUUUUAUUUUCCUAUAUUUCUGUUAUUUAGCAAGCUCGCUCAAAUCUUUUUUCUCCGUAUAUGAUCAAUUAUCGAUACAUUAGUUGGAUUUGUGCAGUA